AUGACCUGGGAGAACCGUUCGCUGUGGCUGGAAUUUGUGUUCCUGUCCUACCCCUCCAACCGAGAGCUGUGUGUCUUAUCUUUCCUAGGAGUCACCCUGGUUUAUAUGUUUGUCAUCACUGGCAAUGUCCUCAUCGUGGUGGCCAUCUGGACAGAAGCUCGCCUGCACACGCCCAUGUACUACUUCCUGGGCAGCCUCUCGGGGGUGGAAAUAUGCUACACGGCUGUGGUGGUGCCUCACAUCAUGACCAACAUCCUACAGUCAGAGAAGACCAUCGGCUUACUGGCCUGUGCCACUCAGAUGAUUUUCUUCAUUGGACUUGGCAGUGCCGACUGCUUCCUCUUGGCAGCGAUGGCCUACGACCGGUACGCUGCCAUUUGCCACCCCUUGCAGUACCCUCUCAUCAUGACCUUAACGCUCUGUGUCCGCUUGGUGGUGGCCUCGGUGGUCAUUGGCCUUUUUCUGUCCUUACAGCUGGUGGCCUUCAUCUUCUCUCUACCAUUUUGCCAGGCUCGAGGGAUCCAGCACUUCUUCUGCGACGUGCCACCGGUGAUGCGCCUGGUCUGUGCCAACAGCCACUUCCAUGAGCUCUCGGUGCUGGUGGCAGCCACUCUAGCCAUCGCCGUGCCCUUCUUCCUCAUUGCCACCUCCUAUGCCUUCAUCGUGAACGCUGUGCUCAAGAUCAACUCAGCAGCCGGCCGCCACCGGGCCUUCUCUACCUGUUCCUCCCACCUCAUGGUGGUCCUGCUGCAGUACGGCUGCUGUGCUUUCAUGUACCUGCGCCCCAACUCCAAUUAUAACCCCAAGCAAGAUCAGUUCAUCUCAUUGGUGUAUACGCUGGGAACCCCGCUGCUCAACCCUCUCAUCUAUACUCUGAGGAACAAUGAGAUGAAGGGGACCUUGGGGAAGAUUCUGACAAAGAAUUCCGUCUCCCAAAACAACUAG